AUGUCUUUUGGUCGACCACCAAAUAUCGCAACGUUUAAUUCAACACCACCAGACAGAGGAAGUUUUCCUUUAGAUCAUGAAGGGGAAUGUAAACAGCUUGUAAAAGAGUAUUUACGAUGUCUUAAAGAUAAUUUAGGGAAUAAUGGAAAUUGUAGGCAUUUAUCAAAAGCCUAUUUGAAAUGUAGGAUGGAUAAAGGAUUAAUGGUUCCUGAUGAAAUGAAAAAUCUUGGAUUUCAUGAUGAGGAGUCAAUUGACAAUAAAGAAUAA